AUAACCCAUUCGGUUGGAUUACCAUUUGCAAUCUAUUAUUCUCUAUCACCUGCUACCUACUGCCCCAGUCUCAACUCUAUCAAAAUAGUUUAUAUUCCAUUCCCCUACCUUGCUCUUUCUCUGUUCUCUCUCUCUUCAGAUCAAGCAUCAGGGAGCUUUGAGGGUUGAUUCUCGGUGUAUCUGCAAUCAGCACAAUAGAAAAUGUUUUUUGACGGAUAUGGAUAUCACGGGACAUCAUUUGAGCAGAUAUAUCGAUGCUACCCAGCUUCUUUUAUUGAAAAGCCCCAAAUUGAAAGUGGUGACAAAAUUAUAAUGCCUCCUUCAGCCCUUGACCGUCUCGCAUCUCUUCAUAUUGAUUACCCAAUGUUGUUUGAACUGCGUAAUGAUGCUGCUGAGCGGGUUUCUCAUUGUGGUGUUCUUGAGUUCAUUGCAGAGGAAGGCAUGAUAUACAUGCCAUACUGGAUGAUGGAGAACAUGCUUUUACAAGAGGGGGACAUUGUUAAAGUGAAAAAUGUGACACUUCCAAAAGGGACAUAUGUUAAGUUACAGCCCCACACAAAGGACUUCUUAGAUAUUUCCAAUCCGAAAGCUAUCUUAGAAACGACACUGAGGAAUUUUUCCUGCUUGACUACUGGAGAUAGCAUUAUGGUGGCUUACAACAACAAAAAAUAUUACAUAGAUAUUAUAGAAACUAAGCCUGACAAUGCCAUAAGCAUAAUUGAGAUUGACUGCUAGGUUGACUUUGCUCCUCCCUUGGAUUACAAGGAACCUGAAAAGCCCAUUGCACCGCAUUCUACUGGAAAGGCACCAGCGGCUGCUGAGGAUACCCCUGCCGAAACUGAGCCCAAGUUCAACCCGUUUUCGGGAACUGGGAGACGGUUGGAUGGAAAACCUUUGAAGUAUCAGCCUCCUCCGGUUUCUUCUUCCUCAGGGUCAAAGGACAAGAAACCUGAUGUUCCAAAUGUCAAUUCGCAGUCUUCUACAACUUCUAGCUCACAAAGUAAUGCUCGUCAAUCUCAGGGCAAGCUUGUGUUUGGGUCAAAUGCAAACCGUUCUAAAGAGACAGGAAAGGCUAAAGAGCCAAAACCUGAGCCACCUAAAGAGAACGAAGAGUCGAAAUUUCAAGCUUUUACAGGGAAGAAGUAUUCUUUACGGGGUUAAUUUUAUAUCAGUCAAUUAAAUGAUCUUUUACCUUCUGCAUGGAUUCAUGUCUAUUGCAAAAAACUUGUAUUUUUUUUUUUUGUAUUAUAAGCAGUAGAUAGACCAGUAGACCCCAAUGAAAAUACUUAGAAUACCUUGAUUACUUGUGAAUGAAGCUAUUGCCAUCUCUAGGGAGAUUUUGUUCAUGA